AUGGGAAACUUAUUACUCUUCGUUAUUCCUCUCGUUCUAGCCAUAGCCGGUGUCAAAUUUAUUCAGUUGAUAAAAUCGAACAGAAAGUAUGAUUCAGCUAAACUACCACCUGGACCUCCAGGUCGUGAUCAUGCGAACCUCUUAGAUAAUGAUCGCUGGAACAUGUUCAAAUCAUGGAACGAACAAUAUGGCAAUGUAGUAACCUUCUAUACUGGACAACAACUCAAUAUCGUGCUCGGGACCAUGGAGGCCGCUGUAGACAUUCUCGAGAAAGCUGGUGAAACAUUCUCCAGCCGUCCACACUUUAUAAUGGGAGAAUUUCUCUUCUCAAGACUGCGUGGCUUCUCAAUGACCUACGGGCCCAAAUGGCGAAACUGGCGAACACUACAAAACUCGCACUUCAGUCCCCAAGUAGCACCUAAAGUCAAACCUAUGCAAAUCAAUGAAUCCGCAAUCUUGAUGCAUGAUUACUUGACAAAUGAGGACCCCUCUAAGCAACACAAAAUUCUCCGAAGGUACACCGCAUCUUUGAUGUUCUAUAUGGGAUAUGGGCGUCGCGUUACAUCUCUUGACGACCCUCUUUGCGUAGCACAUGAUCAGGAAGAAGAAUACAUUGAGAGAGUACCUGGUCGAUUUCCCCUUGAGAGCUGGCCCAUAUUGCUAUGGCUCCCACGUCCUCUGCAAUGGUUCCGACAUGAGCCUGAGAAGCAUCGAGAUACCAACACAAAAUUAUAUACAACAGCUAUGAACGAGGUCAAAAGAAAGAUGCAAGAUGGCACCGCCGUCCCAUGCACAUCCACUUAUGGUCUUACAAAACAAAAGGAGUUAGACAUGAAUGAUGACGUCGAGCUAGCAUAUGCUCUUUCUGCUCCAUGGGCUGCAGGUAUCGGAACGACUACCACCGCAUUCGAAAUAGCAAUCCUGGCCAUGUUACAUUACCCGGAAUGUCUCCAGAAGGCAAAGGCCGAAAUAGAUGCAGUUGUUGGAAAGGAUCGCAUGCCAACUUUUGAAGAUCAGCAAUCACUACCCUACUUGGGCGCUUUUAUUAGGGAAACAUUGAGAUGGCGGCUCGUAACACCAACAGGUAUUGCUCACUCUUCGACCCAGGAUUAUACCUAUAAGGGCAUGUUAAUUCCGAAAGACGCCUCUGUCUAUGCCAACGCCGCCGAAAUCAUGAAAGACCCAGCGGUAUUCCCCGAGGGCGAGAAAUUCAUACCGGAGAGAUUCUUGGAGACAAAUGACCCCAGGCUCCUCAACUACCGUUUUGGUUGUUUUGGCUUCGGUCGAAGAAUGUGUCCCGGUAUGCACGUCGCACUUCAAUCGAUGUAUAUCGUUAUUGCGCGACUGAUCUGGGCAUACAAUGUUCUUCCCGUUACUAUCAAUGGCAAACCAUACAUUCCAGACGAGAACGAUUUCACUUACGGGCUAGUCAGCUACCCAGCCAAUUUGAAGUUCCAACUCGUACCCCGUAGCGAGAGACAUAGAGAGAUUAUUAUCGCUGACGCGGAACGCGCCAAUGCUGAUAUGGCACACUUGGAAGGUUCCAGCGCAUCGUACGACAUCUAA